AUGCUGAAACGUAUCGUAGCUCUGUUAUCCUUGACGAUCCUGGUUGUGGCAAACGACUCGCAGUGCGACACAGGAACUAUUAUGUGCUGUGACACGAAAUCCACGUAUCCACAAACAGAGCCUACCUUGACUGAGCUCGGCCUGGUUGACAUCGCUGCGGUAGUGGACGCAUUUGUGGCUCUCUCGUGCUCUGGCAUCAGCGUUGUCGGUACUUCCAAUGGCUGUACGGCAAACCAGGAGCCCCUGUGCUGCGAGAAUGAGAAAUACAAUGGUGCCGUCAAUAUUGGCUGCACUCCCAUCAACGUCGGCCUGUAA